AUGUCACAUAUAUUUAGAGAACUAUGUUAUGGAACGAAGCUAUCAUUAAAAAGAAAUAAUAAUUACGUUUAUAAAGAAAAAAUUGAAAAUGAUAUAUCAGGAAAAUCGAACAGUGACUUAAGCUCUUCCUCAAAUGGUACGGACCAUGUAAAAUCAAUUGGAUCAAGCCACUUUUCAGAUGAGCCUCCAUCAGAAUCAUAUUUAAAAACCCAAAGAAUAACCAUUACUAAUCCGCAAAAUUCAGAAAUACCUGCAAAAUGGCCAUUGCUGCUCAAUUUCUCUCAUCUGAAUAGCCUUCUAACAUCCUUAGGCAAUUUGGAUUCUAAAUCUAAUUAUAAAUUACCAAACUCCGCACCUAAAUGGCUAUUUAAUAAUAUUAGAAAUAAUAUGAAUUUAUCAUUAACAACACCAAUCCAACAAAUUGGCAUACCGGCAGCGUUGUUAGGAUCUGAUAUACUGGGCAUUUCGCCUACUGGUUCGGGGAAAACAUUAGCAUAUCUAAUUCCAUUAUUAAUUAAACUCCAGGCAUUCAACAUUAGCAAUUGGAAUCCACAAAAACUUUCGAUACGAUCACUCAUUAUAGCACAUACCAGGGAAUUAGCCCAUCAAAUCGAUAAAAUUAUUCUCUUACUAACAGGUUUUGGAAUAAAAUGUUCAGUUUUACGAAAAAAAAACACCGAACUUACAAGGCUUGACAUUUGUAUAUCAACUCCACUAACAUUAAUAAAAUUACUUCGUGAUGGAAAUAUCAAUUUGAAUUAUUGUAAAAUAUUAAUCAUGGAUGAAGCGGAUAAAUUGUUUGAUUUGGGCUUCGAAUCACAAAUAGAUGAAAUCUUAUCAUUUUUACCAAAAGAAAAUGUUCAAAGGUUACUAUUUAGUGCUACAAUGCAUGGAAAGGUUAGAAAGCUAGUCAAUUCAAUUAUGAUAGAUUAUUAUAAAAUAUUGGUUGGAACUGAGAAUGCAGCAUGUACUAAUAUUGCACAAGAACUUAUUUGUGUAACAAAUGAAGCAGGGAAGCUGUAUACACUUCGGCAAAUGUUUUUAGAUGGCAAAUUGCCACCCCCAGUACUUGUAUUCAUAAGUUCAAGGGAAAAAGUUGAUAAGGUAUUUAAACAACUUGCCAACGAUGGGAUACAAGUUGCUAAACUUAGCGCUAUGUUAAGUAAGAAGGAACGCGAUGCUACAAUACAAGCUCUGCGCACAGGGAUGAUUUGGAUUUUACUUUGUACAGAUAUUUUGGCACGUGGAGUUGAUUUCCCUCAAGUAUCAUGUGUGGUAAAUUUUGAUAUACCAACAAAAACCCAGGUUUAUAUUCAUCGAGUCGGUAGAACCGGAAGAGCUGGUAGAAAGGGGAGGGCAUUAACAUUUUAUACCAUUGCAGACAUUCCAAAAUUGAGGCCAUUAACAAGAAUAAUGAAACUAUCAGAGUGCGAGUUACCCGAUUUUAUACUUGAAUUUUAA